GAUAUUUAAAAUUUCGCGCAUGCGUUCAAUGAAUCACUACUUACUUUCAUCUGUCAUUCCAGUUUCGUUUUCGUACGGUUCGUACGCAAUUUUCGUUAUUAUUCCUUAGAUCAGUGUAGUGUUAAAUUUUCGUUUGGUUUUUGCUCGGUUUUGACCAAAUUAAAAUACUCUAAUGACCGUCCAACACUUAGUAUUUAAAAGCAUAAAUGCGUAAUAUACGCCGAAGUGAUGAAUUCCUCAAGUGUACAAAAUUUACUAAUGAAACCAGACCAUGGGGCUCAUGAAGGUUGCAGCAAAGAGAAUCUCACUGAUUUCUUUGGAUGGUUCCUGCAGGUUCUACUAGCAUGUCUUGCAUUUACAUGUUUAAUAGCUAAAAGAUUCUGUGAGCCUAUAAGAGAGCGAAGAUCAUGGCACAUUUGGUUCUAUGACACAUCAAAACAAGGCAUUGGUGCAUUAGCAAUACAUAUGGCUAAUGUUUGGCUUGCUGGGCAAUAUACUGGUGAUGCCUGUACUUGGUAUAUUAUCAACUUUUUGCUAGACUCAUCACUGGGAUUAUUUAUAAUCAUAUGUGGGAUCAAAUCAGCGCAGUAUCUCGCACGGAGGAAAGCUUGGCCGCUUAUCAACUUCGGAGAAUACGGCAAACCUCCCCAAUUAAAUGCAUGGAUAACACAAUGCAUUCUCUAUGUGAUACUGAUGGGUAUUGUCAAAAUACUGAUUACUCUCUUCAUGCAGUUGAACUUCUGGGAUAGAGUGAAAGAUUUCAUUUUGGCACCGCUAGCGCCAAACCCAAAACUUGAAUUGGCAUUUGUUAUGCUAAUCAUUCCGUUUUUUGUUAAUAUUUUAAUGUUUUGGGUAACAGACAAUUUCUUAAUGCAUCGGAAUGCGCCAAUUACAUUACCACACUACGGCCGCCGUGACAGUCUGGAAGACAGUCUGCUAGGUAAAGUACAAUUCAAAAUAAUAAACGCAAGCCGUCGCCGCCGACAUGACUCUGAAAACGAUGUGCUUUUAUCAGGCGACGACGACCUGCUGGACGUCGAUCAACAUCACAUCCCCAAGAACACCAAUAACAGAUACAUCGAUUGUUAAUGUAUUAGACGCUUAGCUAGCGAACGGUAAACAAAGAGUUCUUAUUAGUGAUACAUACAUUUAAGGCGUAGCUAGUAAAUUUUACAUAAACAUAUUUACGAUAUUUACUAUUUAUAUACAAGCGAAACGAAUUUAGAUGUGUAAUUUUAAGAGUUUAGUUGAAAUACUUAUGAUAUUCUUAAGUGAUAUUUACCGUAUACAAGUUAUAACGAUUCGUUAUCGUCCAAGAAUUUUUAAUGGGAUAUGAAGCUCGAAUAAUGUAAACUUCAUAUUGUCAUUUUAACUAGUUACCAAUUUAAAUACUAGUCGCGUACGUUGUCGGUACAAUUAUGGAUUCGAUGGCCAAAAGCAAUAUUAGCAUUUUUUGGAUGCAUUUAUGUGCGUUUACUCUGUGUGAAAAGAAUAUCAAUGGAUAAAGAAUCAGUGACAUGCAUUCUAAGUCUAGUUUGUAAGUCGUUGAAACGUUUUACAUUUCCAAUUGAAUAAUUACCUGUUGACUCUGAUGUAUGGAAACUGUCCGUGUUGUGGCCAAAAAUAAAGAAACUGUUAUAUUUUUUCUAAA